UGGGGCUGGUCCAGCCUCACUGCAUCAGACCUUCCUUCCUGGGUCCUUCUGUCUCUAGUGCCCUGAGCGAAGGCUUGGCUCAGUUGCUCUCACCCUCCUGGAUUUUUGAUAAAUCCAUUCAAAGACCUGGAUUUCUCUUCACUUGCUACCUUGGGCAGGACCCACAAAUGGCCUAUGUUUUACUUCUUGUCAUUAGUUCAAAGUAUCUCAUAAUUUUCCUAUUAUUUGAUCCAAGUUGUUCCCUGAUGCUCAUUCCUUUAUGACAACAGAAGUCAUGUGACCACCAGAAAAAAACAAGGUCACCCACAGCCACCUGCCAGAAUGCUCUGAACCACACAGGUCACUGCAGGCUCUGAAGGGGUGGACCCAAGCAAUAGAGCUCCCAGGGAUCCCGACAACCAGCCACGCCUCAGGAAAGGCAGUGUAACCUGGAAGAUGUACAGGUGGGGAAUGCAGUUCACUGUCGAUGAAUGGAGUUCAGAAGGAUCGAGAGAGGGAGAUAGAGAAGAUUCAUGCACAGGUGAAUUUCUGCACAGAUGAACUGAAACAAGAAAACAGAAAAAAUCAUGUCAGGAAUUCAGGACACUUGUCAGAAGUAAAAGCAGUCUUUCAUCUGCAGUUGGAGAGGAGGGACAUGUCCAGCACUGGCUCUGGGAAGCAUCCUAAAUGAAAUUACUGGACUUCCAGGUAAAGGCAGGAAUUUGGGCAGAUAAGAAAAACAGAGGUCAAGUUGCGUGUAAGGACAAAAGUGAGUCUUUCCUCAGAUUUCCCCAUGGAAACCCCUGAAGCCAAAGAGGGUGAGAGGAGACCCCUCCCACUAGGCCCAUGCAGGGCAGGCUGCAGCCUCGGAGGGAACCUGCCCGGAGUUAGAGCUGUGGAGUCUGAGCCUCCUAAAGGAGGCAGCUGACACAAAUGCCAGCAAGGGAAGAGGUGAUGGAAAAGCCAUUUAAAGCAAAAGACAGGACCAAGGAUGAAUUUACAACUGGAAAGAGAACAGAGCAAGUGUGGAUAUCAGGAAAUAUAACACUGCAGGAAAAGUGAAAAACCCUGACAGGACGCAGGGUGGGCGAGACCUCACGACAGGGAGCCAGGAGCUGGAGGAAGAGGCACGCAGCUGCCUAGGUGCGGAAGAGUCUCGCUUGUUCACAGAGAGCUCCACACUGAGGAGGCCUUUGCAUGGAGAGGAAGGGAACAGACCAGCACUGCAGACCCUGGAGGAAGAGCGUCCCCUUGGGCAGAGCGGCAAGUGUGGCUCCAGGUGGCAUGUGGGCCCCUGUGAUGUGCUGCAGGGACGCAGGGAGGCCCUGGGGCUGCAGCAGAGGCUGGACAGGAAGGGAUUGCAGCAGGCACAGAGACCUCGGCACCUCUUUGAGCCACCUGCAGGUGCUAUGGCUAGCUCGCUGUGGCCUGACAGACCUGGAUGGCAUUGGCUCCUUCCCUGUGCUAAAGGAACUCUACGUCUCCUACAAUGACGUCUCGGACCUGAGCCCGCUGUGCCUGCUGGAGCAGCUGGAGGUGCUAGACCUGGAAGGCAACAGCGUGGAGGACCUGGGGCAGGUGUGCAGCCUGCGGCUGUGCCCGCAGCUCACCACACUCACCCUGGAGGGCAACCCGGUGUGCCUGCAGCCAGCCCCUGGACACUCCAACAAGGUACCCCAGGAUUACAACUACAGGGUGGAGGUGAGGAAGCUCCUCCCCCAGCUACAAGUGCUAGAUGAGGUGUCCACCAUGCACACUGACCUGCCUGCCACCCAGGAGCUGAGCCAGGACUGGCUCAUAGUGAAGGAGGCCAUCAAGGAAGGCCGAGUGCUGGACAGUUUCCUCCCCCGACAAGAUGUUUCCCAUGGAGCCAUUAUCCGGAGACUUGAUCCAGCAUUCUCCCUACCUGAGACCCAGCCCUGGGCCCUGUCCCUGCUGGUCCCUGGGGGCGUCCUGCCUGAACGCCUGCUUCCCAAGGACAUGGCCCCAGAAGACCACACCAGCAACCUCACUCAUGGUGCUGGCCAAGUCCUCUGCGGGAACCCCACCAAAGGCCUGUGGGAACGCAGGCGUCAGAACCAGGACUGGGCACCCUGGGAACAGCUACCUCCAUACAAGUCAAGUCUGGCCACCAGCCCCUCCACCCCAGGGCCUGGCCCUGCAGACACCUGUGACCUCCUAACCAUGGCGGGGCUUCAGGCCUGGAGGGAGCUUGGCCUGUGUCCCCAGCCCCACAGGCAGAUGGAGUCCCAGCAGGAAGGGGCUGCAGCCCCCCAGGACCCAUGGAGGGCCCCUGAAGAGCAAGAGGACCAGACUGGACCCAAGACUGUCCCUAGUCCCAUGAGCCUGGCCUCAGGUACUUUCCCCACAGAGCAUUCCAGAACCGUGGGCUUUCACCUGAUCCCUUCUGCUCCCAAGUGCCCAAAGCCACCUGACUCUGGAAGCAGCUCCCCCAGGGGGUCUGCAGUCCUGUCUUUCAGAGGGCGAAGGCUCAGAGCACUGGACAGCCUGUGUGGGAGCCCUGGAGGUAACCUCAGGCCUCAGUGCUUGAGCCCAGGGGUACCCAGACCCAAAGCCAACAGGAGACCCUGCAGCCAGACAUCCAGGCCUCUGCUACCUGCUCCACCUGAACCCUAUCACCCCCACCCACUCCCUCCCUUAGUGUAAGCCCCCACCAACUGCCAGGUUCACCUGGACUGGGGCCAAGGGGUGCCAGUGAGGUCAUGGGAGCCCCAGGAGGACUCUGUCUUCAUAGACCCUGGAGCAUCUAGGCAGGUGUGGGGAUGGAGAGUGGGUUUGGCCCUGAAGAGGCCCCUUUUGGUGCAGAGGAACCUGAAGCUGGGACCAGUCAGCAGGUAUCAGAGGCCAGAACAGACGUUAGGUCCAGGUAGGGAGAGCCCAAGCUCCCCAUCACUGCUCAGCUGCCCACCCUUCCAUGGGGCCUAGCCUUCCCAGGAGAAAUGGUCAAAGGGGCAGGCCGGGCUAGGCGGCAGGACCUGGAGCUGGGCUCUCCAGGAGCCUCGGGGCUGCGAACCACUCUCUGCACUGAUGCAGCCCAGGGCCCUACCUGCUUGCCCUCGGCUGCCAUGGGCAAAGCCAGGCCUCCCAUCCCUGGUGGAUUUGUGGGGUUUCCCUUGAGAAGCUGGGAUGUGCAGGUCCCGCCCAAAAAACAGGAGAAUCAUUUUCGACUUUCAGGUUUACAGAAAUGCAGUUUACUUUGUAGGCAACAUUGGUUCAAUAAAUUAUGCAGCUGGCACUGCUGCCUGGCCCUGC